UUAUAAAAUUUUGCAAAUAAGUGAUUUUUCUCCUUCACUGAUGUGCGCUAAUGAGGCUGCAGUGAUGGGCACUGAUAGGCUGCACUGAUGGACACUGAAAGGCGGCACUGAUUGGCAGCACUGAUAGGUGGCACUGAUUGGCAUUGAUAGAUGGCACUGACUAGCACUGAUGGGUGACACUGAAAGGCAGCUCAGAUGGGCACUGAUAUGUGGCAUUGAUGUGCACUGGCAGGCACUGAUAUGUGGCAUUGAUGUGGCGCUGAUGGGCACUGCCACGUGGCACUUUUCAGCACUGACAGCUGGCACUGAUGGACACUGACAGGUGGC